AUGAGGCUGGCUUACUAUGCCGGUGCCUCCACGGCGGCCGCAGCUGCGUGUCUGCUGAAAGCCUUCCAUGAACGACCGAACUUCUACAGCGCCACCGUCUAUCUGUCACAGUCGAACGCGUGUCUUCUCAUCCUCACCAAUCUCUGCCUGGUGCUGGCGUGCAGCAUCAUGUAUGCGCUACAGCGGACGCUCUACGGUCCCCUGCGGCCCAUCGAGAUGGAGCAGCUAAGCGAGAAGGCGUGGUACGCUGUGCUGGACACUCUGCUCGCCAUGCCAAGCUUCAGAGAAGACGUUGGUGGAUGGCUGCUCUUCAUGUUCGUCCUUCUGCUGGCAGGCAAGGUGUGGGGCUGGAUCGGAGAAGGUAGGGUUGAUAUACUAGAGCAAGGACAACCGACACCAGGCGGUAGACACAGCGAGUGGUGGCUCCAUGCACGAUUAGCGACAAGUCUCUUACUGAGCGUGGUGUUCAAUCUGGGCAUGCUGGACUACUGCGUCGAGACGGUCAUGGCCGACCCACGGCCAGGAAUGAUGGUCAUCUUCACGUUCGAGUUUGCAAUACUCAGUAUCUUCUCAGCUUUUACCGCUGCGAGGUAUGCAUUGUGCUUGAUGACGAUCAGGGUCGAGAAGUUACAGCUCAAGGAGGCAGUCGAAGCGAGGAAGAGCGAGAUCCGCGCGGAGAGAGCGGCAGCAAGACGAAGCCAUAUCGCAAGUGAUCAGCCAGCAUCUAACGCUCCUGCCCACGAUGCGCCCAUCGAGGUCGAUGAAAAUGAGGUGGACACACCAGGCUGGGAGGACAAGAGACGGUAUCUGUUCGCACUCGAGCUUUUUACGGACUUCGUGAAGUUGCUCAUCUACAUUGUAUUCUUUACCGUCAGCAUAACAUUCAAUGGACUACCCAUGCACAUUAUGCGCGAUGUCUACAUGACCUUCGCGUCCUUCAGCAAGCGAAUUAGCGAUUACGUUGCGUACCGGAAAGCGACGAGUGACAUGAACACUCGGUAUCCGGACGCGACUACGGAAGAGAUUAGGGGCGAUGCAUGUAUCGUGUGCAGAGAGAACAUGAUCGCUUGGGAGCAACCAGCCGCCGUACAAGGACAAGGACAAGCGCAGCCAGCAGCUGCUCGAACGCCACCACGGCGAGAUGAGGGCUUGCGGGCGAAGAAGCUGCCUUGUGGGCACAUCUUACACUUGCGGUGUCUGAAGGCCUGGCUGGAGCGGCAGCAAGUAUGUCCUACGUGCCGUCGGCCUGUUGUUCAGCAAGCCGCUGCUGCACCUGGAGGUGCGCCUGGUCAGGCCGUUGCUGGUGGCGCUGUUGUGCCAGGUCAGCAGGCACAGAACGGAAGACCACAACGACCGAAUCGAGCACGCAUCUUCAACUUUGGUCCCCUGCGAAUAGGAUUCCUGAACGGGCCACAAGAUCAGAUACAGCAGGUUCUAAACAAUAUGCGGAACUUGCAGGCGGCGAACCAAGACGGGGCAGCUGGUGCUAAUCAGCAAGGCCCGAACCAUCUUGGGCUUCAAGUCCCCUAUCUGCCAGGCGCGCAAAAUGGUGCCGUGGGCUCUGCAGGUACUGCCGGCGGACCUCGAGCGACUGUGCCAACACAGGUACAGAUGUUGCAGUUGGAGCAGCGGCUCAUUCACGAAGCCCAUAACUUAGGCAUCGAACAACAGCAGCUUGCGACACUCAGAUUGAUGGAGGCGGAGCUUGCGAGGCUGCGCGCGCAGCAUUUGCCUACGCACCAGGCUGUUGGCACCGGCAAUGCAGCCCAGCGGCAGGUUCAACAAGGAAUCAUCAAUCCAGGCUGGAUGCCAGGCUUAGGCGGGCAGUUUGCAUGGCACCCGCAGUUUGCGCCGCAGAUGCCACAGCAGCACGACAUACUCCAGGGCAGUGCCGGCCAAGGCUUGGGGCGAGGGGAUUCAAACUUACCACAAGGAUUGAUAUUGCCGGAAGGCUGGACCAUCAUGCCGCUGCGUAGGGCUGACGGUGGCAAUGGUGCGAACGACAACGGCUCGCCCCUGUUCGUCCCGACUGCCACCACGUUGAAUAGUAACGACGCAAUUGCACAAUCUCCGGCACAGCAGCCAUCGACUCAACAAGCUCCAUUGUCCUCAGCGAACAAGACGCCAUGGAACGCGCAAGACGGCUGGAGCUUUGUAGGACAGAACGGUGAGUCUGCUACUAACGGCAAUUCAACCGUGCCAGACCAAGGCUCUGCGAACGGUGAGCCGAGCGCUGAAGAGCAGCCCCUGGAAUACACAGGGAAAGGCAAGGGCAAAGCAGUCGAGAUCGAAGACGCGCCUGAUCGCGAAUCCUGA